UUUGCUGGAUUCUCACCCAACCUUCAUCUCUAAUUGUUCAUACCAAAAAAAAUAUCAUCCGAAAAACUGAGAAAAAAAAAUAAAAAAACAGAAAUUCAUGUCUUCAGGAUUUCUCACCAGUACAUCCUCAACGAACGCCUCUCUUAUUCCCAAUUCUGAGACUCAAACCCGCUCUUCUCUCUCACUGCCACUAGAGUCUCUACUCGUUCACACUCACCGGCGUCUCGUUGCUCCUCUCGUCUCGUCGCCGGCGUUUCAGCGUCUCGCGGCCUUCCUUGGGCUCCUCCUCGCCGGCGACAGAAGCAACUCUUCGGAUCGUCGUCGCUCGUCGUCUUCUGGUUUCAAGUACUCGCCGUCGCGAGUCGCUGUGGAUCGUCGACCGUUGUAGGGUCGUCACUUGCUUCGUCGCUCGUCCUCUUCUGGGGUCGGUUCCUCUUCGUCACCCAGUGGCCGUUGGACCUUGAUGGACAUUUUAGAUGAUUAUUUUGAUGGCUAUUAUUCAGAGGAAAUGAUAGAGUCUCGGGCAUAGUUUCUAAAACUAUUCUCAAGUAAAUUCUGUAAUUCAUAAGAAUAAUUAUUGUCGGAUAUUUUGAGGUUUAUUCAAGUACUUUUUUUUUUUCCAACUUAUCAGGUGGAUAUUUUGAUCUAAUUUAUCACUAUGGCAUACGCAGGUGCUAUUGACACUUCUUGUUUCUUGCUGUUCUGUUCUAAUACAGGUUUCUACUAAUCAAAGUGCAGUAGACACAAUUGACGGAUAUUCGCGACCACAGUUCAAUAGUUCCGGUGCAUCUACAUGGUUAUGCUUCCGUUUGGAUAUAUUGUCUUCAAUCACAUUUGCAUUUUCUGUGAUAUGCUUGAUGGUUGUUCCUCAAGGAGUCAUAGAUCCAGGCCUUGCUGGUUUAUCUGUUACCUAUUGACUCAAUUUGAACUCGAUAAACGCUAUGGUGAUUCGACUUCUUUGUGACUUGGAGAACAAGAUGAUAUCAAUAGAAAGAAUACUUUAAUAUACAUCUAUUCCUAGUGAGCCUCCCCUUGUUGUACAAGAAAAUUGCCCAAGCCCUUCUUGGCCAUCAUAUGGAGAAGUUGAUAUAUGCAACUUGCAGGUGGCAAUGGCAACGGCUGCCAAAGCAAAACUACUUCUUUGCGAGCUAAAAACUGUUAAAGCAGAUUUGGCUUUUGCAAAAGCCAGGUGUUCUAAACUAGAAGAAGAAAAUAAAAUGCUCCGCGACUGCGGUACCACUACCACUAAGGGACAGAACCGUGAAGAUGAUGAUAUGAUUCGGUUUCAACUGGAGACGCUUCUUGCCGAGAAGACUCGCUUGGCAGGCGAGAAUGAGGUAUAUGCUAGGGAAAACCGUUUCCCAAGGGAGCUUGUGGAGUACCAUCAGCUGACAAUGCAGGAUGUAGUGUACCUGGAUGAUGGCAUCGCCGAAGUCCCAGAGGUUUAUGACAGCUCGAGUGGGGUGUCCCGGAUAACGUCUUUCAACCCAUCACCAUCAGAAUCACCUCUUCGAGUGGUUAUUCGGAACUCAGAAAGUUCACCUAUUCUCCCAAACGAGAUGUUAACUGUGAUAGAGAAAGAUAGUAAGAGUGCAUCAGAAAAUGAGGCUCCUAUUCCUAGUGUCUCAGCUUCUCCAAAGUGAUAUAUCUGUUCUCCUUCAAACAAUAGCAUUUAGUUUAGAUGGGGUUCUUCUUGUUUAGAAGCAAGGAAAAUGCAUGUUUUUCUUUUUUGUAGAGUUUAUUAAUUUGUUUCUAUUUUUCACCACUGUGAGGAAGAGGCUGGGUGAUAUUUCAAGAAACUACAUAUUUAUUUAUUUAUUUAUUUUUGUGUGACUUAUGUUCAUGGUUUUUGAUUGUAUUGGCUGAUAUUGAUCUAUACAAAGUUAUUCUUUUUCUUUCUUUUUGUAA